CAGGCGCGCGAUCCACGGCUUGGAUGACAAUAGCCUUGUAUCCCAACUUUUUCACUGCGCCAGUAGCCGCGGCUGUCACGUCUUUCUCUCCGCCGCCUUCAUUGCCGCCGCCUUCAUCAAGUCUAUGAUACUUCCCGAGAUUUGAGGGUGGGGUCAGGCUACGCCAGACUAGACUCCACUAUGACCGUGGGGAUUGAAGACUUUGCCGAAGUCCAGGCGGCUCUGUGGGCCGCCAGAUCAAAAUGGUACAACAUCGGCAUUCGGCUGAAACUAGAUGUUCGUGAGCUGGACAACAUUGAUGCUGAGACAAGGUUUGGUCUGGAUGACAAGUUCAACCUCAUGAUCAAGACCAGGUUUAACAAGAUUGAGCCAUGCACCUGGAGAGAUCUCUAUGAUGCAUUAAAUCACCCUACUGUUGCCAUGUCUGAUGUGGCAAAUAGGCUUUCAGCAAAGCUAACUGCCCGCAUCUUGACUUGAAAAUGCCCUUACCA